UGACGUCUUCGGAUUUAAGCGUCACUUCUCCACUUGCACGCGGCGGAAUGUGAUGCCCAUAUAACCUGACCAGUCGACGACGACCCUGCCAUUACCCACAUUCCAACAGACAAUGAGCGCUACUAACACCUCGGCGGCGGCCGUUGCUGCUGCCAAGCAGAUCGUCGUGAUCCUCGGCGCAGGACCGGGCCUGGGCCUGUCGGCUGCACGGGUCUUUGCUCGAGAAGGCCAUCCUGUCGCGCUUCUCUCCCGCACCCAAUCGCGCCUUGACGAGCUGGCCAAGCAGAUCAAUGAUGAGGUAGGCGAUCCUGGACGCGCCAAGGGAUACGCGGUCGAUGCAACGAAGCGCGAGGCCAUCAAUGGUGCAUUUGAGAGCAUCAGCAAGGACUUCAAGUCGGCCUGGGUGCACACGGCCAUCUUCAAUCCCGGAGGUGGCUUCAUAAGAAAGCCUCUGCUCGAGACGACCGAAGAAGAUAUCAGGAAUGGCAUUGACACUCAGGCCGUCGGUGGCCUGCUGUUCGCCCAAGCCUUUAUCCGCACUCUACAGUCCAACCCCAAGUGGCAGGAGCCAUCGCCGUUCCCUUCGUCUGCCCUGGGCAACCUCAUCAUUACCGGCGCGACGGCGUCCCUCAAGGGCAGCGCCAAUUUCUCCGCAUUUGCCGCCUCCAAGUUUGGCCUGCGGGCCAUUGCGCAGAGCGCAGCACGCGAAUACGGCCCUCAGGGCAUCCAUGUAUCCCACUUCAUAAUCGAUGGCAUCAUUCAGAGCGAGCGGGUCAGCAAAUUCUUUGGAGACAAGUACGAGCCGCACACGCGCAUGGACUCCGACGCCAUUGCCCAGGUCUACCUCGACACGGCGCGUCAGCACCGCAACACAUGGUCCUUUGAGACGGACCUCAGGCCUGGUCCAGAGCGAUGGUAGUGUUUUCAUAUCUUUGCUACUUGAGGGACUACUAUUCAGAUCAGAUGCGAAUGUCGAUGAUGAGCUAGCCGCUCUUGGGGUUGUACUUGAUGCCCGACGAGGGGCAGGUCGUUUGGCCGUCGAGCGGGGCGACGAGGACGAAGUUGGAUGCGCUGGUGGCGCGACCUGUCGUCUGGUGGAAGACUGACAGAACAAAGAGUGAUGAACGAUCAGA